AUGGUGUACACAAGGUGGAAAACGCAAGACGAUGCUGGAGCAACAUUGGAGGACAUUGCUCGUCUCGAAAUUGCGAUGGGGCUUGGCAUUCUCUCUAAUACGGUUCCCGCCUGCUUCUGGGUUAUCUUUGACAUUUUCUCGCGCCCUGAUUUACUCAAAGAACUGCGCGAGCAAAUACAACGGACUUCGCUGUCUGUCGACUGCGACGGUGUCCAUACCGUCGAUAUGGCUGCAGUUCAAGAUAACUGUCCACUGCUGCUGGCAUCAUUCCAAGAGACGCUUCGGGUUCGAUCAAAUUCAGCUCAGUUACGAGUGGUUCACACGGAAACCGUCUUAGAUGAAUCUUGGCUGAUCAACGCCGGCUCAGUACUUGUGAUUCCAGCUUCAUUGAUCAAUAAAAGUGAAUCUGUAUGGGGACCAAACGCCAACGAGUUCGAUCCUCACCGAUUCAUCACUGAAGCCCCAAAAAGCAAAGCAUCGGCGUUUAUGUCAUUUGGUAUAUCCCCGAACAUGUGUGCUGGUCGUCACUUGGCUACAAGUGAGAUCAUUGCUCUUACGGCCAUGUUAAUUUUGCAGUUUGACAUCUGUCCUCCCGAGGGCACCUGGAAAGCACCACUCGUCAAUACGAAGGCAAUAGCUGCAGCAUUGAGCCCACCGGCGGAUAAAUAUUCCGUAACGAUUCAAGAGAGAGAACAAUUCAGAGGGGUGAAAUGGAAUUUUGUGGCUGCAUCGGGAAGGCAGAAUUUGAUCGUUGGAUAG